CCGGAAUUUCCAACUUUUAAAUGUCAUUCGUCCGAAUACUCUGAUAAAUCUUCUCAUUCUACCUUCAUUGACCAAGUCUCAGGAUUUGGUACUAUCGCGGGGAUCAUUUUCAACGUGUCAUUUUACGGUGCAAUCUCUAAGCUUUCCCUUAAAACAACGUGCAUUAUAGAUGAUAUUUUAAUUCUUACAGUUGCUCUAACACCUGCCUUUUCAUGGUUUUUUACUGCAAAAAUUGCUUCCACUUUCUCAAACUUGGAUGAAGUAACUUUGAUAAAUAAAUUUGUCUUUUUACAACUUUAUGAAGAGUCAAAAAUUUCAAAGUUUUUAGAUAGUCAGAGGAUCUAUAUUGCUGUUGACAUAAACAAUGAAGAUUCAAUGAAAUAUGUAAGAGAUAUUCGCGAUUUUUACCGACAAAGAAAGUUUAAAGCUAUCAAAGAUGUUUAUCAUUGCAUACAUUAUACAUUUUAUUCGGAUCAAGAAAAUGAUCAUUUAAUUAUAGAUCAAGAUAAAAAAGACAAAAAAGAUGAAGAAAAAACUAUUUUAGAAGAAAUUAUUACUAAAAGACUUAACAAACCAUUUGCUAAGAAAUUUUUAAGUGAUAAAAUUCUUAAAUUUGAAGAUAAUUCCAAUUUUAAUAAAGUUAAUAUUCCGGGAACAAGAACUAUAGCUAAAUGUCUUACUGACAAGCAUUGUAGCACUACGAAGGUUUAUGUCAAUAUCCUUGAGAUGGGAUUGUUUCAAUACUUUACUUAUUCACAUCGAUCACAUGAAACCGAAGCAGUCAUGUGUCAAGAAAAAAUUAAAAAAAUAAGAGCUAAAGAUGAUGAGAAGAAUGAAAAGAAAGAAAUAAUUGUUAAUAUUUCUGAUGAUAAAAAAACCAUAACUGUUAAUGAUUUCAAAAUAGAUAUAAAAACCACAAAGGUUGUAUGGUUUAUAAUUCCUGAAUUUCCUCUUGUUAUUAAUCAAAAUUCCUGGAAAAAAGUUUUAAAAGAAUGCAAUGAACUGGAAAAGUUGCUUAAUCAAGAAUUAUUAAAUUCAGAAUCAGAGAAAUAUGAUGAAAUACGAGAAUAUUUUGAACAAAUAUCUGUAGAUUCGGAAUCUACAUAG